UGUGUCCGCAUGUGUGGCCCCUCCUCUCCCCCUCCGCUGCUUUUCACGGCGCUGAGCCGAACGCGCAGCAGCUCGGAGAGCGCAGCAGCCUGUGCACCGCCUUGCCUUCGAUGCCAGAGAGUGUGGAGGUUUUGGAGCAGCCGAUGUGCGCGUUUGAGGUGCUUCUUGCUGGUGAAGAGAGGGGGAACUAGUCGGCAGCUGCCGGGCGGAUAACAAAAUGAGAUUCCUUUUCUGUGUGCUCACCGUCGUCUGCGCGCUUGGAUCCACGUACGGGGGCGGCACGUCCGAUGAACCAUGUGCAGGCCUGGACUGCAGCAGAGGGUGCAAGUGCUUCCCAGAGAAAGGCAGCAGGGGUCGUCCUGGGUCUAUCGGGGAGGUUGGACAGCCGGGACCAGAUGGGUCACGCGGGGACAUAGGGCCUCAAGGGCCUAAAGGAGAGAAGGGCCACGUUGGACUUAAAGGGCCGUCUGGGGCCAAAGGAGACAAAGGACCAAUGGGAGUGCCAGGAUUUCGAGGAACUGAUGGAGUGCCUGGUCACACUGGUGCGCAGGGGAGCAGAGGGUUACCAGGAAAGGACGGCUGUAACGGGACCAGGGGGGAUCCAGGUCAGCCCGGCUAUGGCACGGGGUCUCCCGGAUUCCCUGGGAUUCAAGGGCCUACCGGGCCGAAGGGUCAGAAAGGAGAGCCCGUAUUCAUCCCAGGUACCGGCAUUAGGGGAGUUCCAGGACCCAGGGGUCUACCCGGCGAGAGAGGUCCCGAUGGUUCAGCUGGUGUAGCAGGUCCAAGAGGGCCCGACGGAUUCCCCGGAGCCCCUGGUCCUACUGGGCCCCAAGGGAUGAUGGGCAGCCGGGGUGACAUUUAUCGAGGAGGGAAAGGAGACAAGGGCGACGUGGGCCUGCCUGGCGAGCCCGGCCGGCCGCUGAUCAACGGCAUUGUGGAGUUUGUGGGUUUUCCCAAAGGAGACAAAGGAUUGCAGGGUGAUCUUGGCCCAAAGGGAAGAAAAGGAUACCCUGGAAGAGCUGGACCACCUGGACCUUUUGGUUAUAGAGGUGAACCUGGGGAAAAGGGCAUUCCUGGAUACCCAGGACCAAGAGGUCCUACAGGUUUAAGUGGACCUCCCGGAGCUCCGGGAUUCAAGGGAACACCAGGAGAACCUGGUUUCCCAGGGCAACCAGGAUUCCUUGGACCCAAGGGAGAUCUAGGUGAAAGAGGACUCCCAGGACCUCCAAGUUACGUCAAUGGUUAUGGAUCUUUUGCAAAGGGAUUUCCAGGUGAUGCGGGUCUUCCUGGCCGCAAGGGUGACCGAGGUGACCAGGGGCCGCUAGGAUUCCCCGGACCCCCAGGCCCUGCAGGCCCUUUUAGUAUAGGUCCCGCGGGAGCUCCUGGUUUUCCUGGUGAGGAUGGCUUAAAAGGAGAGAAGGGUAACUCGGGCGCAGAAACAUUCGGCCCCGAGGGACUCCCAGGUUCCCCUGGACGUCCUGGAUCUGCUGGCCCCCCUGGUCCUCCGGGACCUCAAGUAAUCUCAGGCCGGCCCAGGGAUCCCUGUGAAAUCUAUCCUCCUCUCGAGCCCACAGAAAGUCCAGCGGCAGGCCCACCUGGAAUACCUGGGCAACCUGGAAGCAUUGGAUAUCCGGGAAACGCGGGGCAGAAAGGCUCUAAAGGUGAUUUUGGUGACUGUGACUGUAUAGGAGGAGGGGGAGUAGGUGUGCCCGGGUUACCUGGGCCUCAAGGAGCCAGUGGAGGGCCUGGUUUCCCUGGACGUGAUGGUGAGCUCGGUGACCUGGGUUCUCCUGGUUUCAAUGGCCGUCAGGGGGCUACAGGUCGUCCAGGUGAGAUGGGAUUCUCUGGGCGUAAAGGAGAGAAGGGGGAACCAUACUAUCCCGGUUUUGGGGUGAAGGGAGAACGAGGGUCUCCUGGACUAAGAGGACCUACAGGUGAAACAGGAAAACCUGGCAGAGAUGGUCGGCCUGGCUUCCCUGGAAACCCAGGACCCCCAGGUGACGGUGGUUUUGGCACCAUCGGGGAGAAGGGAUUCCCCGGCUUUCCUGGAGCCAAAGGUCGACGCGGCGCCCCUGGUGAUCCCGGCCCUGGCUACGCAGGAGCUCCUGGCUUUCGUGGAGAGCCCGGAGACGCCGGCAUACCUGGGUUACCUGGACAGCCAGGUCCACCUGGACAAACAGGUGAAAACAGCUGUGGAGGGGUUAAUGACGGCGGACAGGGAACGGGUGAUAGGCUGCCCUGCACCAUAUAUGGUGAACCUGGAGACCCCGGUACUCCUGGUUUUCCUGGACAACCAGGCCCCAAAGGCCAGGCAGGUUUCCCAGGGAUCCCCGGACGUCCAGGGUUUGAUGGCCCCAAGGGAGAGAGGGGAGAUCCUGGUUUUGGAGGCCAACCAGGACCACAAGGUUUUACUGGACCCAGAGGAGAUCCUGGAGUUCCAGGCACUCCGGGAUCGGGCUUUGACGGCGCCAGGGGUAAAGAUGGCAUUCCAGGAUUUCCCGGACCCAAAGGCCAGCCUGGAGAAGUUCUGGGAGUCAGACCCGGAACACCAGGAAGAGAUGGCGAAAUAGGAAUACCCGGAGACAAGGGCCUACCAGGGAGUCCAGGAUUACCCGGUUCACCCGGUUCUGAUGGACGCCCUGGUGCUUCCGGUCUGAAGGGAGAGCGUGGAGUCGAUGGCCGGCCGGGUUUUCCGGGUCCUCCUGGACUUCCAGGUUUCCCAACCUCUUCCAUUCCUGGUCCCCCUGGACCUCCCGGCAGCAAAGGACUAAUUGGACCACCAGGCUGCCCAGGUUAUCCUGGCCGGAAAGGGGAAAGAGGGGAUUCAGGAUUCCCCGGCCCUGCUGGAAUGAAGGGAACCCCAGGACUUUCUGGCUUUCCUGGACCACAAGGGCCAAGGGGACCCACUGGACCACCGGGCCCAGGAAUCAGUGAGGGAAUCCCAGGAAUACCAGGAAGAAAGGGUGAAAGAGGUUUCCCCGGAUUGAUGGGUUUCCCUGGACAACCGGGUCGUCCUGGAAAUCCAGGAUUUCCUGGUGGGAAAGGAUUUCCCGGAGACCGUGGGAGAGAUGGCUUUCCUGGUGGUCGUGGAGGGUUUGGCCUGAAAGGUGACCGAGGAGAUCCUGGCCCUCCAGGCCCUACCCCUCUCAUAAAUAAAGGCGCUCCAGGAGACCCCGGAGCCCCCGGCUUUCAGGGCUUCACUGGACCCAGAGGUGACAAGGGUCAGCCAGGUCAGCCUGGUCGUCCAGGUUCGCCCGGACGUCCCGGCCUCCCCGUGGACAGCAGGGGCCGGCCCGGAGACCCGGGUUUCCCCGGGCGGCCCGGCCCGUCGGGCUUCCCUGGACCAAAGGGAGAAGCAGGAAUAAUGGGAUUCCCAGGCAUGGCGGGACCGAGGGGUGAUGACGGCAUACCUGGAUUCCCUGGAGGUCCUGGAGAAUUCGGUCGAGCCGGAGCCAAAGGACUACCUGGAGAUACGUUUGGCUAUCCUGGACCACCAGGAGCGAAAGGCCAGCAAGGAGACUCGGGUUUUCCAGGCUCUCGAGGCAACGAUGGUUUCCCCGGUGAGGGCGGCUUUCCCGGACGACGAGGUUCAGACGGACAAAAGGGUACACCCGGUGAUACAGGACGGCCUGGAAUAAUGGGCCCACCUGGUUUUCCUGGGCCAGAAGGUCAGCCCGGGUUCCCUGGGAGGAGAGGAGCAGAUGGUUCUCUGGGUCUGCCCGGAGUUCCUGGUGGCUUCGGCCUUAAAGGUCUGCCUGGAGCCCCUGGAUUGGACGGACUUAAUGGCCUUGCUGGUCCCAAGGGUCUCCCUGGAAUCCCAGGUACAACUUUAGGGGGUUUCCCGGGCCCUGCUGGCGCUCCAGGACGGAAAGGAGAGAGAGGUGUUUCCUACCCUGGACAGCCAGGCGUGUCUGGACAAAAGGGACAGAGAGGAGAGCCAGGUCCUUUUGGGAGCCCAGGGUUCCCUGGACGAGCCGGACCUCCUGGUAAGAAUGCGGAGGGAAGUAUCCCCGGGUCUCCUGGAGAUCCCGGACUUCCUGGACUGGAUGGAGAAUACGGUUUCCAAGGUCCUCCUGGUCCUCCUGGCCCACCUGGUCCAGGCAUAGCACAGGGAGAUCCGGGGGACCCGGGGCUCCCAGGUUUCCCAGGAACCCCUGGCCGAAAGGGAGAACCAGGAUACCCCGGAGGUCCUGGGUUCCCUGGCCCCUCUGGACCAAAAGGCAUCCCGGGUGAGAAUGGACCGAUCGGACCUCCGGGUAUGAAAGGAUUGCCCGGUGACCGCGGUUUCUUCGGCUUCAAAGGGCGCCCGGGAUCCCCGGGGAGACCCGGGCGUAAAGGCCCUCCUGGAGUGUUGGUGUCGACUGGAGUUGGGGGCACGGCACCUCCUGGAGAACCUGGUUUUCCCGGGAGCAUCGGAGACCCUGGCGUUACAGGAGUGCCCGGUCGGCCUGGUCUCCCCGGACGUGAAGGUCCAAAGGGUCGUCCUGGCAACGCGGGUAACCUUGGCAGGACCGGGUCGCCCGGUUUUCCCGGGCCGAUUGGGGAUACCGGCUCCCCUGGCUUCCCAGGACUCACUGGAGAUCAAGGUUUUCCGGGACCCAUCGGUCGCCCCGGUGUUCCCGGCAGCAGCGGCCGCAGCAUCGGCGUUGGCUACACUCUGGUGAAGCACAGCCAGGCCUCCGAUGUGCCCAUGUGUCCCCAGGGCAUGGCUAAACUGUGGGAAGGGUACAGUCUGCUGUACGUGGAGGGACAGGAGAAGGCACACAACCAAGACCUCGGUCAGCCGGGUUCAUGCCUCCCCAGGUUCAACACCAUCCCCUUCCUCUACUGUAACCCGUCUGAGACCUGCUACUACGCGAGCCGCAACGACAAAUCCUUCUGGCUGUCCACGACCGCGCCCAUUCCCAUGAUGCCCGUGGCGGAGGAGCAGAUCCGGCCUUACAUCAGCAGGUGUUCGGUGUGCGAGGCUCCAUCUCAGGCGGUGGCGGUCCACAGUCAGGAUCUAACCAUCCCCACCUGUCCCCCCGGCUGGAGGAGCCUUUGGAUCGGAUACUCCUUCCUCAUGCACACAGCAGCCGGCGGUGAGGGCGGAGGCCAGUCGCUGAUGUCCCCCGGGUCCUGCCUGGAAGACUUCCGAGCUACCCCGUUCAUCGAGUGCAACGGCGCCAAGGGCACCUGCCACUACUUCGCCAACAAGUACAGCUUCUGGCUCACCAUAGUUGAUUCCCGGCAGGAGUUCGGCGCUCCGCCGCAGCAGGAGACCCUGAAGGGGGGCCAGCAACGCUCCAGGGUCAGCCGCUGCCACGUCUGCAGCAAGAUCUUGUAGCUGCCAGCGGAGUGGAGGGGAAGACGUCACAAGCGGCACUUGAUUGGAGAACAAGAACACGUGACUGACUGAAAGGAAGAAGCUGUAUUUUCUUCUAUGAAAGCUUCAGAACCAUUUUAUCCCCUUUUAGGAGCAGCAGGCUUGUCGAUGGAAGAAGCCGGAGGGAGAACGUGGAGAGAGAAGAAAUCCAGAGGGAUUGCUCCCCUCUGGAUUAACACUGACAAUGGUGCUAUUGUUGAUGUUUGUGUUUAUUUUUAUUUUUUUUUCUGUCUAAUAUCUCGUUACGGUAUUUGGUUAGAAUCAUUCUCUGCUACCUCGGAGAGAGCCGCCUCUUUAGAUAGCUCUGCGCCUCCCGCACUCGCCCAGGACGGGACAUCCUCUUCAGAUGAACAGCUCAGAUGCUGUUGCUGUUAUUUAAGGUACAUAGUUUUCAUUUUCCGCUCAACUGUACAAGUUAGCCACGCAGAUUCUGCUUUAAGUUCAUAUUUGUAGUUAAACGAACACAUUUUAACCAGGUUUCCUGGUAGUUUGGGUCCUUUUUAAUGGGCAUCAAAAAGAAGCAACCAACAGCAACAUGCUGGUGAGUUUGCAUGUUUUGCAUCCACAGAUAAAGUAUCAGCUUGUGACAUUUUGGGAGGUAUGGAGGUUUAAAAUCUGAUGAUUUAGGAUUUAUAUUCAUGUCAAUUUAUAGUAAACCAGUUUUAAAAAUGAGCCUAAACUACAGCAUAAGUGUAAAUGUUGAGAUUCAUGGAAGAAGUGUUGGUAUUUAUGACAGAAUAUUUUUACCUUGUAAGAUGUUACGCUUUUAGAUAACACAUAAUCUGAUUCAAAACAGAACAAUGUCAAAGUAUCCUCAGUCCCUUUACAAACUGAAAUCCCUCAACACAAAAUCUACAUUUAACAGUUGUCAACAUCGGAGAUCGAAUUUAGAAACCAUAUCUGCUUAAGAUAGUCUGAUGGAGCUGCAGCUGAUGCACUGAGUUUUUUCGGGUGUGGUAUUGGCCACAUUCCCCCACUAGAGCCAUCUGAUCAAAGCCACAUGAACAAAAGAGAUGCAGAAAAAGAAUCCUGUGUGGAAGUUUGUUUCUGCUCCCCUAAAAUGGUGCUGCUUGCUUAAGGAAAUAAUUAAGAAGGUAACUACCAUCACCAGCUCUCAGGUGAAGGCCUCCUUUCCUACAUAAAACCUACUUUAAGAAGCUAAAAGGAAAGAGGAGACAUGAAUCUGAUGAGUCUGACUAAGAGUGCAGAACUAGAAUAGACAGAAUGUAUCCACUAGAUGACAUAAUAAUCUCUUUGCUUUGCUGAUCGUCAGCCUGACCUAAUCCUUCAUCCUCCGAUGUCGUCAUAUGUCCACCACCAAUAACGUGUUUCACGGUAUGUAAAAGCAGAUUUUGUGUUAUGACAGAUGAUACUUGAGCUUUAACCUGGAAACAUAAUACAUAAUACAA